CAUGUAUACGUGUACAAAUAGUUAUGAUGCAUUCUCUCUCUCCAUCUCUUUUAAAUGUGUGAUCAUCACUUUCAUUACACACUCACGUGUAUCGUACAUGUGUCCCCAUUACACAGUCGUGUAUCCUGGACGACAACCCGUGGAGAGUGGUGUGCUGGGUCAAACAGACAGAUAAGCCAUUCACAAUAUUCCCCACGUGUACAGGAAGCUUGUGGGUCUUCCAUGCUUCCAUGUGAAACAACUUCUGGUCUCUAAAGUCGUGUCUACAAUCUCCUACCUGUGUCAGAUUACUUACCUGAGUUACCUUCAGACUGCCUGCCUUUUCUUCUCAACAUACAUCUAUAAUGUGCAACACUUGCUCGGUCAGCUAAGAGAACCCGACAUGUUUGUAAAACUCAGGUUGAAACCUUCGAUCAGUGUCAACAUUUUUACCUGCUGCAAGUGCAGUGCGUGGAGCUGACAUGCUGGUUGAACUGUCACAGGUAGUUCUCGACAGUCAUCUGUGCUAGCAGACCACCAAGCUCCUUUUUCCACCGACUAGGUCAAGGGUCAACUGACCUUCGUGACAUCCUCAUCAAAACUCACUAAUGGCUGCUUAUAAAGUCGACAUCGCCCUGCAGGUGGAGGGAAUGACACUCAGCACAUGGGCAGCUACGAGGCGGCAGUGGCGACACUAAACUCCAUGCAGACCGUGGCCACUGCCAGCCUGACCACAGGAAGCACCAAAGAAGACAAGAAAGCUAAGGUCAGCCGUGUGGUCAACUUUCUGCAACGUGUGGGAUUGUCGGUGGAUGACAUCGACAACCUGUCAGUCAUUCACGUGGCCGGCACGAAAGGAAAAGGAUCCACGUGCGCCUAUGCUGAGAGCAUCCUCCGCCAUCAUGGCUUUAAAACUGGAUUUUAUAGUUCUCCUCACCUGGUGGAAGCCAGAGAGCGGAUUCGCAUCAACGGACGACCUAUAACCAAGGAAGUCUUCACUUCCUGCUUCUGGGAUGUCUACACCAAGCUUCUCAACACCAAGGAUGAGAAUGAGGGCACCAUGCCUUUGUACUUUAGCUUCAUGACCGUGAUGGCCUUCACCCUGUUCAUGAAGGAGAAGGUGGACGUGGUGCUGCUGGAGGUAGGAAUGGGGGGUGAGUACGACUACACCAACUUCGUGCGGACCCCCGUGGCAUGUGGCAUCUCCUCCCUGGGGCUGGACCACACGGCGCAACUGGGACACACGCUGGAGGAAAUCACAUGGCAUAAGGCUGGCAUUUUCAAGAAAGGUGCUCCUGCUGUGACAGUUCCACAGGAAGAGUCUGCCAUGCAGGUCAUCUUGCAGCGUGCCCAGGAUAUUCAGUGUCCAUUGUACGUAGCAGAACCAUUGACACAGGAGGACCUGAGAAUCCACAACCUGACUCUGGGCAUCUCAGGUGACCAGCAGGUGUACAAUGCCGCGCUCGCUCUCCAUCUGUGUCGGCUAUGGUUCAGAAAAAGGGAAGGAAGAGAAGAUAAAGCUUCACAACUCUGCGUUAAUACAGUGGCUGCCAUACCUCGUCUACACACUGGAGAACUUACACAAAAAGUGGUGACAGGUCUGUCCCAGUGCUACUGGCCAGGACGAGCUCAAACCCUUAGAAAGACAGGUGUGACAUACUACCUGGACGGCGCUCACACAACAGAGAGCAUGCAACAAUGUGUUCGGUGGUUUAUGCAGGCGGCGAAUGAAGAAGCUAAGCAGAUCACCGGCAGAGUGUCUCGGUCGCUGGUCUUCAACAUGACAGGUGACAGGUCAGCCAGCACCAUGCUUCAGUAUCUAACGCUUUGCGGUUUCCAUAGAGCUGCCUUUUGCCCAAAUAUUCCAUCCAGCGCCAAGAUUAUCCCAGAUCAGGUCAACUUUAAAGUAUCCAAGACAGCUAUGCUGGAGAACUGUGUUUCCUAUCGCAAGGUUUGGGAGGAUCUGCUCUCCACAUUAAUCGCGAAGGACGUCAAGCAUUCUUUAUGCGAUUCAACAAAAAUCAUUCACACCUGUCCAGCUUGCCCGCCAGACUUCAGCCACCACACCUGCACCUGCACCUGCACCUGCACCUGCCUCCAUCACAAGCAAUCAUCACCUGUCCAGGUGUCAGGAGGACCUCGCUGCGUGUCGGCCACCUUCCCGUGCAUCUCCACGGCCUUGAAGUGGACCUCACACGACAGGGAGCCCUCCUGCUGUGACGUCAGUGUCCAAAACGAGGCUGAAGUGGCAAAUAAUGUAGACCACGUGCAGGUCUUGGUUACCGGAAGUCUGAUUCUGGUGGGGGACGUUCUAGGCAUCAUUUAUCCCACACUCAAUGACUGAGUGUACGUGUGAGAGAGGGUGAAGAUGAUGAUGUCUCGUAAAACGCAACAUAUCAAAAGUAACUGUAGACAAAGAAACAUUUAAACACUAGAAGAACAUAGAGAAAGAUAUAAUAUAGUCUGUAUUUGUUUCAAUUACAUUCUUCAUUUUCAAGGUGUAAAAAUAUUAUCCACAAGCACUGAUGGUUACUAUUGCUCCAUGUACAGGCAACUAAAUCGACGGUAGUUUAGACAUAUCAUAGUGCAUCCUCGCUCAAGAUACUCAAGCUAGCCAAGUUUAAUAUAUUUCAUUAAUAUACAUUCUCAAUAUUAAUAUACACACAUGUAAGAUUGCCGCUGUAGAAAAGAGGAAUAACCGAAGCUAUAUAAAUGGCUAUGAAAUCACAAACUUUCAGUAGCUCUUGUCACAUUUUUAUACGCAAGUCUUAUUUCCUUGUUGUGAUGACCGGCACUAAGUGCACCACCUGAGGUGAUUUCAGAUGCAGGAAACAUACCACUAUUGUACAGGUUGCUUUAAAAAAGGUUAUGUUUAAAAUAACUUCAAAAAAAAUUCUUUUCAAGAAAUGUUAAAUUUUUAAAAAUCAGAUAUGACAUCCAGUCUGUGCUUUAAUCACACCAUUACCUAGUACAAGUGAUGCUGAUAGGUUAAGAACUAGCCUAGAUAGUUAAAUCUUAUAGAUACAAAGAUUGACAAUCAAAAGUCUAGGAACAAACACUUGCAAAAGCACGAUAUGCACCUGUGGGGAAGAACACCUCCAGAUAUUAAUGUCAUCAGGUGCAGUCAGUCUUUGUGGAACAUUUCCAGUAAAGAGUAGUAAAUGUUUGGAUAUACUUUUGGAAAGGUGCCCAAGUCGUACAUGCCACCUGGUAUCCCACAAGUGAUCGUGUGCAUACGUGGUAGCAAUAUACCUGCUGUAUAUCAGUUUCGAUCAAGUGUAAUCACUACAGGUGUCUGUUAACAAGUUAUAGGCGAAGUCGUAAAAUAAGAAAUCGAACUCGCAGACUCGUGAUUGCUUUCUGGGUGACAGAUUGAAUUGCUGGGUUGUAUCGAUGUGUGUGUUUUUAUACGUGUGAGUGUGUGAAUGAACAUGUGAGGUUGUGUGUAUUAUGUCUAUUUAUGUCUAUAAAUGUUCAGCUGCUCAGGAUUAUCUCUUUCUUGCAUUCUCUGUUCUCAUGAAUAAAUGAAUGAGUGUGUCUGUACGUGUGUGUAGGUGUUCAUGUAUUAUUGAUGCUCUCUGUUUAUCUGUUCAAUUUACUAUUUCUCUCGUUUCCUUCUUUCUUUCUUUUGCUCGUUUUCUUCCC